CCCCUUCCAUCCCCUAUGAAUCUUACCUCACCCCAUCCAAACAGACAGAACAGCAGGGGUUACCGGUCAAAGGUCAUGAAGAAAACCCUCGACGAAUCCGGUCUCCUACGGGUGGCGGAGCUCGUCCUGCCACGGCUCCCUCCGUCUGAUCUCGCCGCCGCCGCAUCCUCCUGUAAGGCCUUCGGCCGCGAGGUCGCUUCAAUCUCCUCCCGGCGGGCGUCAGACGCUUCCCGAGGCGUCGAGAGCCACCCGAUUCCCUUUUUCAACCCCACCCUCGACGGCCAACCCUACUCCUUCUUCCUCUACACUCGCCUCCCCGUCUUACCAUCCUCCUCCAUGCCUCUCUCGGCUCGGCCGUGGGGAGGCGUAGACCAACCCGAUAAAAGUCGCACCUUGGAUGACGCUUCUUCCAUGUCGGCGUUCGCGUCUCCGAUCGCCGGAAGCGAGUCCGGUUGCGGCUGCAAGGAUUGCUCUUUCGGAGGGGAACUCGGCAUCUGCCCGUGCUUGAGCCCCGAGGAGGGAGCUUUUCUGGCUUCCGGCCCCGGAAUGGAGCUGAUGCUGGAGUGCGGGGCGAACUGUUCUUGUGGAGAUGAGUGCCUCAAUCGGUCGACUCAGCGAGGUGUUUCGGUGAAAUUGAGGAUCGUGAAGGACGAGAAGAAGGGAUGGGGAUUGCACGCGGCUCAAUUCAUUGCAAGAGGGCAAUUUGUUUGUGAAUAUGCUGGUGAAUUCUUGACAACAGAAGAAGCCAGGAGGAGGCAGCGGACAUACGAUGAGCUUGCAUCGGCGGGCAAGCUUUCCCCUGCUCUUUUGGUUGUAAGGGAGCAUCUUCCAUCAGGCAAAGCAUGCUUAAGAGUCAACAUCGAUGCUACUAAGGUGGGAAACAUAGCUCGGUUCAUCAAUCAUUCAUGUGAUGGUGGCAAUCUUUUGACGGUUUUAGUAAGGAGCAACGGGUCACUACUUCCAAGACUUUGUUUCUUUGCCAUGAAAGAUAUAUUGGAUGGUGAAGAACUCGCCUUUAGCUAUGGAGUUUCUGAUCAUAGAAGAGGCCUUCCCUGCUACUGUGGAAGCCCUUCUUGUGUUGGCAGGCUACCAUCAGAAGAAACAUGAUUGAUUUUCCUCAAGAAGAGAAUCUAAACAACAGUCAACCAUGUAAGAGUCCUAAACUUAUUUCUUUCCCUGUUUUCCACUGAGGAUUGACUUUCAGCUUCUUUUAAUUCAUUCGCAUCUCUGUAAAUUAAUUAUUGUUCUUUCAUCUACUUUCCUUUGUCGUCUUCUUUAACAUAUUGUUCAACUUAUUAACUAGCAACAAGAUCAGUUCCUUAUCAUAUGCUCCUGGUUUGCAA